AUGAAUGCUAUUCUAAGCUAAAUAUAUUAAGAAAGAAAUCUAAAAUAGAUAUUUCGAAAAGGACAAUUCUUUGAUAAAGACAAGAUUGAGAAGAUCAAUGAUGUUUAGAUUUUAUAAGGAUUCACAAGCGUUCUGCAAAUGGGCUAAUCAUCCCCACUAUUGUUGAUUGACUUUAAAACUAAGGUAUUUAAUAAGCAAACAGUAUUGCACUUCAUUAAAGAAAACAAAAAAUCAAAGAGUCCUGUUGAUCUUUAAACCUUCUUUGAAAAUAAAACCUUUAUGACUAUUUAUUCCAAAAGAAUGUACAGAAUUAAAUCAAUUGACUUUAAAUCUAACCCCACUUGCAAAAUGGAAUCCCUAGACGUAUCUUAUGAGUAAUAUUACUAUCAAAGGUACAAAAUUACACUCUCUGAUUUGACAUAACCUUUACUGGUGCAUGAAGAUAGGAAAACAAAAUAGACCAUAAGACUGAUCCCUGAAUUGUUGUAUAUGAUUGAAUUGACUACUGCUUAAAAAAACAACUUUAAAGUCAUGAAUAAUAUAAAACAACAAACAACGUUGGAUCCAUUGGAAAGAAGCAAUAAGAUUGAAAAUGAAAGGACCUUGCUUGAUAAGUAUUUCAGCAAUCAUUCAAUCAGCAUAUCAAAUAAUUCAGCUACACCUGCAUACAAGAUUGUUAAACCUGCCUUAAUACCUGAGGCCAGUAUCAAAUAGACAGACGGUGCAUGCUUUAAUAUCAGAGGCAAAUUAAUAGAGUAAUCAAACAUCAAUAAUUGGAUAUUGAUACAUUAUAAUGAAGAAUAACAAGUCGCCAGUCUAUUUACUCAAGAAUUCAUUAGGGCUACAAAAGAGUUGGGGAACUAAAUCAGUCCCCCAAGAAAAGUUGUUAUGAAUAAUUUGGAUCCUGCAGCAUGGUCAUAGGCAUUACUCAAUAAUUUUAAUACUAAUGGUAAGCCUUAGAUUGUUGUAUCCAUUCUAGACAGACAUGAGGAUUCCAAACUCUAUAAUGAAUUAAAGAAGUUCUUGAUUUCUGUUUAAGGAGUCCUUCAUUAAAAUGUUUCAAUCCAAACUGUUGAUUCCAAGAAAUUCUCUAAAAUUGCUUAAUAAAUUGUAAAAUAGGUUCACAGUAAAAUAGGAAAGUAAUUGUGGAACAUCUAAAAAAUUACUGAAAUAUCUGAAAAGAUUAUGAUAAUAGGUAUUGACGUUUAUCAUAAGACUCUCGCAAAUAACAAAUCUUGUGUAGGAUUCAAUGCCCAGUUUGGUUAAUAGAGUGAAAAGCACUUUACAAAGACCAUUAUAGUUGAAAAAGGAAAAGAAUUAAAUAAGGGGGUGGGCUAGCUAUUAAAUUUGAGUCUAUAACAAUAUCAGAAAUAAAAUAAACAGUACCCAGACACUAUUGUAAUAUUUAGAGAUGGAGUAGGUAAUUCAUAAAUUAAUGACUUAAUUGAAAUCGAACUCAAAGCCAUGAAGUCCGUUAUUCAAUAGACAUAUAACAUUAAAUUACCAUAAUUCGCUUAUAUUGUCGUAAAUAAAAGAAUAAGUGAUAAAUUUUUCUCAUCAAAUAAUGAAAACAAUGGAAUGAUAUUUCCAGAGAGAGUGACAUCUAAGGAAUUUGACUUCUUUUUAAUAGCUCAAUAAGUUAAUCAAGGUACACCUAUCCCAACUCAUUACACUGUGAUUGAAAAUACAACAAAUUGGAAUGAAGAUACUUUCUGGAGAUUCACUUACUUUUAAUGUUUUAAUUACAGAAAUUGGUCAGGACCUGUGAAAAUACCUGCUUGUCUAUAAAAUGCUCAUACAGUGGCAUAUAGAGUAGGAGAAGUUAUAUAGAGUGAUGCACAUGUAUCAUUAGAAAGUUUAUUGUAUUUUUUAUGA